UUUUGAAAAAAAAGGCAGAAAAUCACUGUAAAAACGUUUUUUAGUUAUGGAGAUAGGUUGUGUUUUUCAUCAAUAUUGUACUGUUUGUGAUCGGCUAAUUGAAAAUUCCUAUGGUUCAUUGCUUUACUGCUCAGGUGAAUGUAAGAAGAAGGAUUCUGAAGAUGAUUAUCGUGAGAUUUCUCCGGUUUCCUAUGAAAAUUCAUUUUCUGGCUUAACAACUGUAUCAUCAUCUCCAUCUUAUACAGGAAUGACACAUUUAUCAUGUACGAAUAUGUUCUAUGAAUGUGUCUAUUGGCCUCGUUAUGCUUCAAUGAAUCGUCUUUAUUCUUUUUCUGAUUCAGAAGAAAUUAAUGAAUAUGGAUCACCAGCUAAAUAUGUUCCGUCAACGGUUCCAGCUUCAUUAAUAAAUAGUAAGGUUAAUUCUCAUAAAUACAAGUCUCCUGUAUAUCGUACAAAUUCUUUUUCUUCAUUAUCUGUACGAUCUAUUGACUUGGUUACACCUGUUAUGUUGAAUAUAAGAAAUCAAGAUACAAUGAACAAAGAUCGGUAUUCUCAAAUAAAGGAAUUGAGAUAUCCGACUAAAGCAGCGGGAUCGAUUUACAAUACAGAUGGGCCGGGGACAGGUAUUAGGAAGUUAUUUUGUUUUGAAAAGUCACCCAAUACAGAUGAUUUUCAUCAGAACUAGAUUUUUAUAAUUUUUUUCUUUUAUAAUUAUCAUAUUGGUUUGGAAU